AUGGAGUCUGAUGCUCUCGCCCAUUCGUCGCACAUCGCUCAACCCGGCGACCCGUCACUAGAAUCGCACAGAUUGCAGCACGUCGCACACAGCCAUCCUCACACCCAUUCGCAGUCCAACGCGCCCGACCACACACAUGGCGGCCUCGUACAUUCUUCGCUCCCGUCACUGCCGCACCGCCUGCACGCCCCGCACCCGUCGCACGAGGACUCUUCCCCUCCGCUCCCCCUGAAGGCGGGUCGCCUGUCGUCGCUGGGCCACGCCGCGUGCAGCUCGAGCUGCCUCGCCGACAUGCGCGCCGCCUCUCCCCCGCGCGCCCGCGCGCACGGCUCUUCCUCCGACGACGCGCUGCUGCGGCAUUCCGCGGGGGCAGAGGAGGCGGACGGCGCGGAGGCGGGGGUGCUGCGCGAAGGGGAGGAGGGCGCGGAUGGCGCGGAGGGGGUGGUGGCGGUGGGGGAUGGCGUGGUGGUGGACGUGGAGAGAGUGCGGCAGGCGCAGUACGACGCGUGGCUGGAGGAGCACCCAUCGGCGGUGGCGCAGUUCUGGGCGGUGGCGCGCGAGAUGGGCGCGCGGCAGGUGGCGCUGUUCCUCGACUACGACGGCACGCUCGCGCCCAUCGUUGACAACCCCGACCGCGCCUUCAUGCCGCCCGGGAUGAGAGCAGCGGUGCAGCAGGCAGCGCUGCACUUCCCCACGGCCAUCAUCAGUGGGCGCGGCAGGGAGAAGGUGUUUGAGUUCGUUCAGCUGCCCGAGCUGUACUACGCGGGCAGCCACGGCAUGGACAUCAUGCUGCCCGCACACACGCCCUCCGCCGCCGCCCCUGCCUCUGCGUCUGCGCCCGAUGCGCCUGGUGAUGGGCGGCAGGGAAAUGGCGCACUGGGCGUGACUAUUAAGGGCGACAGGUGCACAGAUGCGCAUAACCACGAGGUGGUGGUGUUCCAGCCUGCCAGCGAGUUCGCAGAGCUCAUGGAUCAGGUGUACACAGAACUGGUGCGCGUGACAGCAGGCGUGGCGGGGUCACUAGUGGAGAACAACAAGUUUGCCGUCACCGUGCACUUCAGACGCGUGGCGGAGGAGUGCUGGGAGCAUCUGGCGGGGCUGGUGGAGCAGGUAGUGCAGCAGCACCCGCGCCUGCGUCUCUCACACGGCAGAAAGGUGUUUGAGGUGCGCCCUGUGGUGGACUGGGACAAGGGCAAGGCCGUGCAGUACCUUCUCACCACACUUGGCCUCAACAACUCAUCUGCAGUCGUGCCAGUGUACAUUGGGGACGACCGGACAGAUGAGGAUGCAUUUCAGAUGCUCCAGGCGAGGGGUUCAGGCAUAGGCAUCAUCGUAUCAGCUGCUGUGAAAUCGUCUGUGGCUUCUUAUUCUUUGCGAGACCCGUCCGAGGUUCUGGAUUUCCUCGUUAAAUUAGUCCCUUUUCAGAAGUUCUUCCUCAAUGGCGCCUUACGCCCACUUGUAUCCCUCUCAAGCGCGUCUUCGACCAUCAAUCCUCUCGAUGUGCCGAUUGCACCUAAACAAUCACCCACCGUACCGCACUAUAUGAACAAUUCGACACACUCCAACUUUGGAACGCGAGGAAUGGUCACUCCUGGAGUCGUGAGCAAGCUUAGUGGCGUCAAGGUGCCUAUCUCCACAGCACCUGUUCAUACCGCGACGGAACCCAAGCACGACAUGUUUUGCUAUCAAUGCGAACAGACACGGGACGGUAAGGGAUGCAUGACUGUGGGUGUCUGCGGCAAGGAUCCUGAGGCCGCUGCGCUUCAAGACCUCCUUAUUCACUCUCUGAAGGGAUUGGCUCAGUAUGCUACUCGUGCGCGUGAGUUGGGUCUUGAGGUCGGUGCCGAGGUGGAUUUUUUUGUGCAGGAAGCGGUUUUCUCAACGCUCACAAAUGUGAACUUUGACUCAGCCGCACUUCAGCAAUUCGUCACGGAGGCAAUUCGUCACCGCGAUGCUCUCAGGGCGAAGUAUUUGGGUGCUGGUGGGAAAGAGGACUCUGCCUUGAAAACUCAUCAAGCCACUUUUGAGCUCGGUGGAUCGCUUGAUGACAUUGUGGAACAGGGACGCGGAGUAGGCGUUGAGACACGUCGUGCGGGAUGGGAUGAAGAUAUUUUCAGCCUGCAAGAGCUGUUGGUGUAUGGUUUGAAGGGAACUGCUGCGUACUCGGCUCAUGCAUAUGCAGUGGGAAAGCGUGAUACGAAGAUUUCCGACUUCAUCUACGAGGCGUUUGAUUACAUUUCACGGCCAGCUGACCAGCAGACGGCUGAAGGCCUUCUUGGCCUUGCCCUCAAGUGUGGGGAGACAAACCUUCGUGCAAUGGAGAUUCUUAAUGAGGGCCAUUGCGAGAGCUUCGGCACCCCAGAGCCUACUGUCGUCCGGACGUCUCCUGUCAAGGGAAAAUGCAUCUUAGUAUCAGGUCAUGACAUCAAGGACCUUUACGAACUGCUUAAGGCAACAGAAGGAAAGGGCAUCAACGUGUACACGCACGGGGAGCUGCUGCCUGCCCAUGGCUAUCCCGAACUGAGGAAGUUUAAGCACCUUAUUGGCAACUAUGGUGGCGCUUGGCAGCUGCAGAAGAUUGAAUUCGCUGCUUUUCCUGGUCCGAUCCUAGUUACCACAAAUUGUCUCUUGGAGCCGAAGCCAAGCUACGCUAAUCGCAUUUACUCGGCAAAUGCUGCUGGGCACAAGAAAGUCCAGCACAUUGAUGGACGACGGUUCGACCCAAUCAUCAAACAGGCACUAGAGAUGGAAGGAUUCGUUGCUGAGGCCCCUGAACGCACGGUUAUGACAGGUUUCGGCCAUGCUGCCGUUCUGAAAGCCGCUGAUGUCGUCAUUGAUGGUAUCAAUGAUGGACGCAUCAGCCACCUCUUCCUGAUUGGUGGCUGUGAUGGAUGGGAAGGCGAGCGCUCUUACUUCCGUGAUCUUGCACUCUCUCUGCCACAGGAUGCUGUGGUUCUGACUCUAGCCUGUGGAAAGUACCGCUUCAACCAUCAGCAGCAGCAGUUUGGCAACAUCACUGGUACCCAAAUUCCUAGGCUAAUGGAUGUUGGCCAGUGCAAUGAUGCGUACUCGGCCAUCCGCAUUGCUUCUGCAUUGGCCCAGGCAUUCAACACUGAUGUCAACAGUCUUCCCCUCUCCUUGGUCAUUUCCUGGUUCGAGCAGAAGGCUGUAGCUGUACUGCUUACCCUUCUUCAUCUGAACAUUCAAAACAUCCGCAUUGGCCCCAAGCUUCCCGCAUUUGUAACACCAAAUGUGCUUCAGAUUCUUGUUGACAAGUACAAGCUCACGCCUAUUGGAGGGCCAGAGAGCGUGCAGCAGGAGAUGAAGGAAAUGCUCUCAUAG